AUGGCAAGCGGACGGACAGGCUACGGAUACCUGUCUCCACAGUACAGUAUGCAAAACGUAGAAAAUAACGCCACAGGCAUCUCUAUUGGAAUAAACAACGGCCAAGACGACUAUCCAGACGUUGACUUUGGCCAAUGCUUCCUCGACCAACCAUCAUACACGCCAUUUGGAGAUGAUCUUUCGCUUUUCCCCUGCAGCACACAUCAAUCAGACGUUCCCGGUUUAUCUGCUACAGUGUCUACACCUAGUGAGAUGGCAGGUUUCGACUUCUCUUCCUUUUUAACUGGCGCAUCGCCGCCCUGCGCGCCUGCUAUGGAGCAGGGCUUCCAACCACCUUGCGCUGUUAACGCCAGUAGGCAGUCUUCUUCUAUGGGUAGCAACCUCAGCGGAGGCGUAAUGAAGAGAUCUCCUAUGAGCCCAUCCCUCGAUUAUGAGAUCGAGGAGUUACCUCCAGCACUAUGGACUCUCCCGACGGAGAGUGUCAAGAACAGCAUUGCUAUAUCCCAUAACUCCCCGGACAUGGGCGGGUCCUCAUCUUCUACUUCAUCCUUGCCCAUGAAAAAGGACAAGUCUACCACAGGAGUAUCAAGUACCUCCUCAGCACAACAUCCCAAACACAUCACUUCCACCCGCAAACUAUCAAAGCAUGAGGCCCAGCAAGUAAAGAAAGCGGCCCACUCGACCGUUGAGAAACGUUACCGAGCAAACCUAAACACCAAGAUCACACAUCUUCAUGAAGAACUCGUCAAAGCAUCCGAAGAGGAUUCGGUAUCCCUUUCCAGCGAUCUCCGCGGUUCCAAAAUCAAGGGGUCGGUCGCCGGACCUCCGAAGACAAGAAAAGCCGAUGUGUUGACGGACGCACUAAACUUCGUCAACAGGACACAGAAAGAGAAGAGGGUGAUGAAGGAAGAAAUUGACUUCCUCAAGAUGCGCAUUAUGACACUGGAGAAGUUGGUCAAGUGCGAAGACUGUCUGCUAUUAAAGCAGAUGGAUCAAAUGAGGAUGCCGAGCACACAGAGAAUCGUCAACUACUAA